AUGAGGUUCACAACCACCGUCACUUUCUUGGCUGCCGCCGCAGUAGUCCCUGUCCUUGCCGCAUCUACUACACCUUCUGCAUCGCCCUCAAGCACAUUUGAAAGAAUGGCAGCUGAGAUGGAAACCUGCAAGUCGGAGUUUAACGGCCAUAUCGAGGUCCACAAGCUCACCAAGAUCGCCCCUACUUCAGAAGUCCCCGCCAUGCGAUGUGUCACGCUCCCGAUCGAAAACUUGGGCCAAGAUGCACUCCCUUCAGGCCAUUCAAGUACUCACCUAGGCAGCGACCUUCCCUAUUACAUCAUCGGUGCCUUGGAGGUCAAGCGGGUCUCUGUCGGUGAUUUUGGUUCGAUCGAGGUCAUGAUUGGCAACCUUAUCUAUGUCACUGUGUUGAUGGUGGCCGCAUUCACGACACGACCCGAGUAUCUCCGUAGGACCCUACAUGAGAGCUAUAGGACGUCAAAGUCAGUGAUGGUUUCGCCCCGGUCUCCUUCAGAAUUCAUUGUGGUCUCAGCUCAAGGAACCCCUGUUGUUAUACAGGAUACCACCAAAGUCUUCACCGCACCCAAUCGUGAUGCUCAAUGA